AUCAACAACAACCGAUGCAAUGUCAACAGUACUACUGUUUCCCUUCUAACCAACAAGGAGGAGCCUUAGGACCGAAUCAAUACGUUCAGCCCUAUCAGCAAGAUCCAUACGGCAUAAGCCAGCAGCAGCAGCCGAUUCAGCGAGCCGGCUUGGGAAAUGUUGGUCAGGCAUUAGCGCAGACGUCGUACAACGGGCCAUCAAUAAUGCAGCCUCAAGCGGUUGGUUAUGGCUCAUUGCCGUUUGCCUCACUCGAUCAGAUACGCUCUUACAUCGGUACACCAGCUCCGAUAUUCAUCCUUCCGAGCAACUGUCCUAAUCCUGGGAGCCAGCCAGCGGCGCCCGCGAAUCCGCCGGUAGCUCAGGGUUGUCCGGGGAUUGGGAUAAAUUGUCCGUCUUCGCCGGUACACGGAUGUCUCGGAGGCGGGUGUUAUCCGUUUCCUGUGCCGAUGGGUCCGCUGUGGAGUCCGUAUUAUCAGCAGCCCGGAAAUGCGAUCGGCAAAGAGACGAGGAAUUGCGGCUGCUGCCCUCGCAAGAGUGUAACGCAAGAGGCCCAACCUACGAGUCGAAGUUUGGCUGGCUACCAAUGGGGAAGCGAAGGAGAGGAGCAUCGCUGCGCGGGGACGACGGACGACACGAUUUGCUCCCGAAAAAACUGCCCCUCGGCGAUAAAUCUUCAAGCCCUCGCCUCCCAACUGCUCGCCAUCCCCGGCGUCAUACCGUGCGCGGCAACGCGAAUCGUUCUCCGUAAAAUUCCGGGUGGAAACGUAACAACCAGCAUGGAAGAAACCGUCGAACGUGCCAAAAGGUCCCUCGUCACUCUGACGAAAGAUCAACUGCUGGCGGAGUCGAGGGCCGCUCAACAGGUCAACGCGCUCAUAAAUCUUCACAUGAGCGCUAAUCCGCCGAUUAACGUUAUUCCGACCCUCACGAGCCUUCAGCUCAAAAUCAAUUUGCUCAAGUCCCAAGUGGAAGCUUCGCUGAACCGGCGAUUGAGCGAGAACCAGGGAUUAGGCGCCGAGGGCGCUGGGAACCUUGACGCCGUCAUGCUCGCCACCAAGUCCGAUGAAGAACUUCGGGGCUUGCUGGGCACUCUCAGGAAAAAGGAAUGCGACGAACGCGUCAACCUCAACUUCGCACCGUACAAGUCACAGCGCUCCAUUGCUGAGAGCCGCUUGACCAACGUCCAGAACAAAAUCGCCCAGAUCGAGGAAGAAAUGGACCGGAGGAGGGCCUCCGUACUCCCGAGAUCAGCGAUGGGCCAUCAAGUUUCGCAACAGCUUUCCGACCCCGGCUGCGCCGCCUGGUACGGUUAUACGGGCGACCCGACCAACGGCAAUUGGACGACAUCGAGCCUUCCCCAAAACUACGAAUCCCCCGACCCCUUCCGCGCCGUCCAGGUUCGUAAUCCAAAACGAUUGAACCUCAAACCGCACGUCGGAAGUCCGGAAACGACUUACGAAAAUUCGACCAAUUCUUCGAACGCGCACUCCUCAAGGUCGAGGAAGGACAGCGACGAGGAAGACUGCGACGAUCGUGACGAACGCUCGAAGCGGUCAGCAACCAGCCCUGACGAUCGAUGCUGCCACUGCGACAAAUCCUCCGACGAAGACAGCGUCGAUGAGGGUAAAAAAAAACUCGGCGUAAAAAUCCACGCUCCAGACGCAACCGAUAGGAACGAAUUACGCGCUAAUUCGCCCGUCAACUCCGCUGUUUCUGUUCUCAAAUUGUCCCCAAACGUCACUAUCGUCAUUGACAAUUGUACCAGAGAAUCGAGCAAAAUAUCGCGUCGGUGUAACCUCGGCUGCAAAGAAAAUCAUGAAAAUGGAGGUGCCAAGGUUGCUUUGAAAAAAAAUUCCUCCCUCGCUGAACCAAGAGGAUUCGUGGGCCCCAGCCAGGAAAACAGAGACAGAAAAUCAUUUCUGCCAUCAGCUCCUCCGCCGAGUCCGCUUGCAGAGUCUCGCGAAGAACGCAAAACCUUUAAAGGAGCAAUGAAGAAGUUCAAAUCACGAGACCAAAAAGUCAAAGAAGCUGCAGCUUCGCCUGCGCUUUUGAAUUCGAAGAGCCCGGAUAAGGAGGAGAGAGUGGAUUACAACAUCAGCACUGUCGAAAACAGUGGCAACAAGCCUGAAUAUAACGCGAAUAAAAUGGCAGAAAUUUUGGACAAAGUAGAAGAUAAAAAAUACAAAAAUCCUCCGACAACGAUCCCUCCGAGCGAUUCCGAAGCCCCCGUCGAAAGUCAGGACCCGCCAGCCGAGCUAAUUCGUGAAGAAACCGUUCGCAUGGUCACGGAAAUUCAGUACGAGCCAACAGCAUUUCGUGCUUUCGAUUACAACGAUGCGAGGAAAGGAAAAAUCAUCGAAGAGCGUUACAAAGCUCCUCCGUUCGCCGAGGAGUGCUCCCUCAAAAGCACCAGCACCGAGAGCAAUUUGACCAACGAAUCGGUCUCACUCAGGGUCGAAAAUUACGAAGAAACUCCCAUCGAGCCUGCUCAACGAUUAAAUUCGAUUAAAAAUCCCGAGCCAUUCGAUCACGAGGGAUCUUGCAUGAAAAAAUGUGAGAGAACAGACGCUGCUCAAAAGAUUGACAAAAAUCGAGCUAUUCCAAGCGAAACUAGACUCGAUAAAAUGGAGAAUAACGGGGAGAAGCGAAGUGAGGAAGGGCGGAAGGAUGUGCUUCGUGGAGUCGAAGAAAGCGAGGGAAGAAGCGACUUGAUCUCCGGUGCUUUGUCGACGAUUGGUAAUCACGUUGCGUCGUUCGGUUCGAUAAUUGGAAAAAUAGCAACGCUGAAGCUUCACAACAGAGGAGAAAGUGCAGACGAAAUAUUAUCCGAUGAAAAAACCAAAAUUUCCGAACAUAUUGAAGAAGCAAGGAAAAACGAGAGCUCGAUUGGAUCGAGGAACGGAGGAGAAACGUCGAAAAUGAAAAAUGAGGGGAAUAAAACCGAAAUAGGUCGUUGGAAGUACAUUCGAUUCUCGGACGUGCAGGAAUCGACCAACACGAGCGUCGAAGAUUUAAACUCAAAUCACGCAACGUACACUUUGCCCAAAAUAAAGCACUCGGUUAUCGAGAGUAAAAAUGGCGGUGGAAAGUUCGUCGUGGUAGAAAAACCGAGCAAAACAAAUAAAAGUCACGAGCUCGGCGAGCCCUACAAAACCGGACGCAGCCUCGUGAUAAGAAGUCGUUUAAAAAGUCCACAAACUGAUAAACAACCGGGACCAUUCACGGUGGUACGUGGACCAAGGAAAAAGGACAAAAAUUGCAUUGCCCUGAGCCUCGCAAAUGUCAAGUCUUUGGCAAAAAAUCGGCUGACCACUGCCAACGCAAUAAAAACGAGUGACAAAUUUUGGUUGAAACCAGAAACAAGCGAAUCCUCCAAAGAUGUAGCAGGCUCGAGCAAAGUCACGAAAUUUUUCAAUUCUUCCAUUGAAAAUGACUGCGACAAUCAUGACCGUUCCUUGAAUAACGAUCCUCAAAAUCCUUCGAACCUCACGUGCAUCGACGAAUCCGUUGUCACUGUUCACGAUUAUGCGAAAAUUCGUUUCAAUCCCCAAACCCAAAUAAUUCCACAACCAUCAAAGCCACGAAACUAAUGGAUAAAUAAAUACGCCAAGUCGUU